AUGAAUGAAUGGGGGAGGAGUCUGGUGGUGCGGAAACAAAACUUUGACAAGAGACAUUCCACACGGAAGAAGAGAGAGCAGAUCAGCGGGACCAGGCCGGGAGCAGAUCAGCGGGACCAGGCCGGGAACAGAUCAGCGGGACCAGGCCGGGAGCAGAUCAGCGGGACCAGGCAAGGAGCAGAUCAGCGGGACCAGGCCGGGAGCAGAUCAGCGGGACCAGGCCGGGAGCAGAUCAGCGGGUCCAGGCCGGGAGCAGAUCAGCGGGACCAGGCCGGGAGCAGAUCAGCGGGACCAGGCAAGGAGCAGAUCAGCGGGACCAGGCCGGGAGCAGAUCAGCGGGACCAGGCCGGGAGCAGAUCAGCGGGACCAGGCCGGGAGCAGAUCAGCGGGACCAGGCCGGGAGCAGAUCAGCGGGUCCAGGCCGGGAGCAGAUCAGCGGGACCAGGCCGGGAGCAGAUCCGCGGGACCAGGCCGCAGCAGAUCCGCGGGACCAGGCCGCAGGGGCAGGAGACCCAGAAACGCCCACACGAGCUAAGUAAAGGGACGUGUAAUAUACUUACUCCGUACUGGUACUGUGGUCUGGCUCUCUGCCCCAUUUCCCCCUCCUACCUUGAGGCUUCACUGUGCCCAGUGCUCUGGAGGAACCGGGAGCGUGUGAGUCUGAGGCGGCGUGAAGAGGACGCGACCUGGGGACCACCGCUGAUUUAUACAACGCUCUCUAGGCGCAGACUAAAGGGACGGCCCCAUAAGCUCUACAAGGCGCAUAAUAUGAACUAUAGCUUUGAGAGAAACUGA